AUGACGGCGAGCGGUGGUGAACAACUCGAUGCGCUGGUCGACUCCAUUCUGCAGUCGCGUGACCACCUCGCCAGCACUGGCCACAUCACGCAGCGGCUGCCAUCCCCACAGCAAAGGGCGCACACCAACAGCGACAGCCACAACACCAGAAUGAGGGCCUACAUGCACGCCGUGAGCCCCGGCGGCAGCAGUAGCUCUGCGGGCAAUUUCGUGGACGCCGGCACGGCUUCCCACUACGUGUCGGUGUCCACGAGCAGAGCGACGGCAACGCAUCUGCACACCGAUGAUGGCGAAAAAGAAGAAGAGGAAGACGACUUGAGCACCCUGGUCGAGCGCAUCCUUGCUGGUCCUGGCGUCCACGGGCGCCCCUCUACCUUGUCGACCUCGUCCCCGCGAUUUUCCCAGGUCCCACCACCACACAUCGGGAACUCCGGGGCCGCCAGCGCAAACUGGCUCAAGGGCGCCACACGGGUGAAGGGAGGAAGUACCAGCCUGUCCCGAACGCUCGGCGCCGGCCCCGCCUCACCGGAUGCCCGUAUGCAGGCGCUUGUCCGCCGGCUCACCCUUUGGUACGAGCGCAAAGAGGCGAAGCGCGUGCAGGCCGUCUACGAAGCCCUCGAGCGGGAGCAGCUGGACUGCACCUUCGAGCCCCGCAUUAACCGCUUGGGAGUGGAAGUGGGAGGCAGUGUGGUUGUCGAUGCGGAAGAGCACCCUCUCCAUCAACGUCACUACAGCGCAGAUGGGUAUCCUCAUUGCCCAUCAGCUUCAUCGAAAACCCGUGGCAGCUCCCGCAGCCGCGCAGUCUCGCACACGAGCGCGAUCAGCAUGUCCUCGUCGCCUUCCCGAGCCACACCGCACGUGUGUGAGUACAUUCCGUCGCUGCAGCCACCGUCGCAGCCCAUCACCGGCGCCGACGCAUUUGUGGAGCGCCUUCGGCGCGCGCAGGAGGAGCGGGACGCGGUGCGAGAGGCCGAGGAGGCGAAGAGGCUUCACUACUACGACCCGACAACCUUCCGGCGCGACCGCACGGUGCCAGUGCCGUUUGAGUUUGCUGAGACGCGUCCGCGGCGACUGGCGACGGCGAUGACUGCCGCGGCUGGCGGCUCGCCGUCGCGUGGUCCCGGCGACAUUGCGGGUGUCACACGGGCAAACAUACCUCCACUCAGCGCGCGCGCAGCUGCACUCGCCACAUACAGAGAUGCGGGGGCGACACCACCGCGACCGGCGGAGGACGGUUUCCGUGACGUGAACGAGGACAAGCCCCUCACGCCCGAGAACACGUUUCUCUCACUCGCCCCACAUAUUCGCCAGACGCUGCUGUUUGACCAACAGAUGGAAUCGCAGCUGCGUCGCGCGACGGACUCAGUGCGCCGUGUGACGCGAGGCGAGUGA